AGUGAGGUUCCAAGUUCCGGAUAUUGACAGCGUGUGGCAUUAUAUCCCUGUGUAUCACUGAGUCUGAUAAUAAAAUGUGAGUACUGUUACCAGGUGUUAAAAUAAAUAAAUACUGCAGUAAUGAGAUCCCUCCAGGCCCGUUUUGUCCGGUACAGAUUUUGGCAGCUGUGUGUCCCUGAGAGGAGGCUGGGCAGGAAUUUCUUGUUGCACACACAUAGCUGCACUUUGAGCUGAGUGUGAAGCAGGACACUUAUUAUGGCUACUGUGAGAUACAUGCUCCGGGCCCGGCCCUCAAUCUGCACCCAGCUCCUUCCAUCCACAACGGCGUCGUGGGGUCCUGUACCCGUCUCUAUUACCACUGGCAGGCUAAACCUUUGUAUGCAAUGGACUACUCUCAGAGGCAUGCACUACUGCAGCCGUGCGACCCUGCCAGGCUUGACGGACGGAUUGAGGGAUUCAUUCAGCCCCCCACAUCGCUGGGCCUCAGGGGGCAAGUUUAAUGUGCCACCGAGUGCUCAGUAUGUCGCCCGCAUGGCUGGAAUUGGCACCAUGAUGAGACUGCCCUACCAGGAAACCGCAGAGGGGCUAGAUGCUGCUUUUAUCGGGGUACCCCUAGAUACCGGAACCUCUAACCGCCCAGGAGCAAGGUUUGGACCACGUCACAUCAGGGCAGAAUCAAUCAUGGUCCGCAGAUACAACAACGCAACCAGAUCCGCCCCUUUCGACUCCAUAAUGGUGGCGGAUAUUGGAGACGUGAAUGUCAACUUGUAUAAUCUGCCGGACAGCUGCCGCAGGAUCAAGGAGGCUUAUCAGAAAAUAAUGGCAGCGGGAUGUAUUCCAUUAACUCUAGGUGGAGAUCACACGAUCACUUAUCCCAUCCUUCAAGCGGUGGCUGAAAAACAUGGACCUGUUGGCUUGGUACAUGUCGACGCACACGAUGACACCGGAGACACGGCCCUGGGGGAGAAGAUCUAUCAUGGGACACCAUUCAGACGUUGUGUGGAUGACGGGCUCCUCGACUGUAAGAGAGUUGUACAAAUUGGGCUCCGAGGUUCCAAUUACAGCUCUGACCCUUAUGAAUUUGGCAGAGAAAAGGGGUUUCGGGUGGUGUACGCACAUGACUGCUGGCUGAAAUCUCUGGUUCCUUUGAUGGAAGAAGUUAGGCUCCAAAUGGGGGAAAAACCUGUUUACAUCAGUUUUGAUAUUGAUGGACUAGAUCCAACAUUUGCUCCAGGGACUGGGACUCCAGAGAUUGCCGGUCUUACCACCCCACAGGCUCUGGAAAUAAUCCGUGGCUGCAAGGGGCUAAAUAUUGUGGGCUGUGACUUGGUGGAAGUGGCUCCGAUGUAUGAUCUUUCUGGUAACACAGCGCUAACGGCCGCUAACCUUCUGUUUGAAAUGCUUUGCACGCUGCCCAAGGUGAAGGUGUAUUGAUCGUCUUAGGACGAGGUCUGUGAAAUUGGAAACUCUGUGGAAAACCCAAACUUCAUCCUGCACCCCCCCAGGACUUUAUCGGUGAGCGCACAGGGACUCCACGCCAAGCAGGAGUCUAUUUACUAAAGUUCGAGAGA